CUUGAUGUGAUCCCAAUUGGUGCGCGAACAAUAAUAUCGUCCUUGAAGCCAAAUAUCGACAGUCAGUGCAGAGGAUGCCACCUCGCCUGAGCCAUCGUAAAUCUACAACCGGUUGCCUUCGGUGUAAAGCACGGAAGGUCAAGUGCGAUGAAAAGCGACCUCACUGCGGUCAUUGCGCCCGCCAUAAUGUAUUAUGCGAAUACCCUGGAUUGAUGACGGUGAUUUAUAAUCCUCGUCCGUCAAAGUUCAAACCAACAAACACGGUUGCUUGCCAGCGGUGUGAAGAGAGUCCUUGGCCCAGUCUGCCCUCCCCAGGACUCGGAGGCAGGCGGGUUCUAGAGCUGCGUCUCAUGCAUCACUGGGUCACCGUAACUGCGGGCACCAUGAGCUCCGCUCAGUUGUCAUCCGUCCGAGAAAUGUGGAAUGUCUCUGUACCCCAAAUGGCAUUUGAGUAUGAACCACUUCUUCACACUUUACUUGCCCUCGCGGCAGCACAUCGUGCGACAUUGCUACCAGGCGAAGCAUCGCCACUUCGACCCAUAUCCCACGGGUACAUUGAUUCCGCUCUUAAGUGGCAUCGCUCCGUAACGGGAAAACUUGAUGACAACACAAGUGAAUCAGUUUGUCUGAAUGCUGUCCUUAUCUCUCUGUAUACUUUGUUCCUCCGUUCCGAAGGCGCUCCGGAGCCCUACGAGCCUCCGAUCCUUUGGCUAUCGAUGGCACGUGGUAUUCAUACCAUCAUGAGGACUACGUAUCAUCAGUUGAUGGCAUCAAAUUCACGGUUAUGCCCACUCCUUGUUGCACAGCCCACACUCUGGCAACGUGAAUCAAGUGACUCGGAUGAGAUUCACGCAAAGCCAUUCAAUUAUCUUCUGGAAUAUCACCCAGAGGAGAUGACAGACAUGGUUAAAAAUGCUUAUUCCGGCACCAUCGCGUAUCUUGAGUACCUGUAUGUAGCUGUACAGAGCCGAGAGCCGGAUUUUGUCAUUCGCAAGAUAUUUAAUGGGUUCCCACCGGUUGUACCCAGGCUUUUUCUCGAUUUUGUCCGCGAGAAACGACCACGAGCUCUCGCAAUAAUAGCACACUUGUUUGCUUUGGCCAAGGGUGUAGAGAAUAUAUGGUGGCUCUAUGGAAUCCCUGAACAGGAGGUGCGAGGUAUUGACGGUAUUAUGCCUGCUGAUUGGAAAUGGGCUUUGGCGUGGCCUCUCAGUAUCAUUGCACAGGAUCCUCCUGCCAAUAGAGCAUCGUCUUCUGUGACGAUGCGGGACUUUAUCGAUACGUUGUCUUAGACUGACAAUAUGAAUUAGAAUUAAAUUUAUAAUAACUACUUAACGAUUUUA